UGAGGUCACAGUGAUGCCCAAUGACUUCACAAUGCCUUCCUGGCCCAGGGAACCAGGCCAGUGUGCGGUUGGAGUGUUGUACCCAUUUGGUGGUAGAGGAAGGGUUGCUGGGCCAAGGUGAGAGGUUGGGAUCCCGUUCUGGAAAGGCCCCGUGGGCCCAUCGCUGCCCAGAGAUGCCCCCCAUGGCCUCGGACCCGGGACCCUCCGGGAAAGCCACUUGGACGGUGUCCGACCUCUUGCGCUUCUCCCCGCCGCCCUGCUCUCCGGCCCCACCUCCUCACUGCCCCGCAUGGCAUCGUUACCGCCUCUCCGAGACCAUGAAAGGGCUGCUGGUGGCCCUGUUUGGGGGCGGCAUGCCCGCCGGCUUUGUGGCCCCCUUAACCCGCAUCGUCAACGAGGCUUCAGGGAUGCCGCCGCUGGAGAUCCUGUUCUUCCGCUGCUGUCUCCACCUGCUCUUUGCCGGGUACCUGUGCUACCAGAAGGUGCCGUAUUUCGGGCCUCCGGAGGUUCGUCGGCGCACCCUGUUACACGCCUUGAUCAACGUCGUCUCCAUCGGCUGCGCCUACAGCUCCUUCAUGAUGGUGCCCAGCGGCAAUGCGGCCACCGUGCGCAAGGGCUCCUCAACCAUCUCCUCCGUCCUGCUGGCCUUCUGUAUCGAGAACACCCAGCUGACCGGCUAUGACUGGGUCGGGCUGGUCGGCAACGUGCUGGGCUUGCUCAUCAUGGUGGUGCCGGACCUGUUGAGUUUGGACAAAAGCACCCAGAGCUACAACACGUACGGCUACGGCUUGGCCUGCUUGGGAGGCGUGGCGUUGGCCUUGGGGUUGGUCAUUUUCCGAACCCUGGACUUCCCGGCUAAGCUGAUGACCGUGACGUUCCUCUUCGGCGUGGUGGGAACCCUUUUGUGUUUCCCGAUUAUGUUCCUCUUCCAGGAACCGGUGAUGCCUCUGUAUCACUACUCCUGGUUGUACGUGGUGUGCAUCAGUAUCCUGGCCUUGUUCUCCUUCUUGUGCGCCAGCUAUGCCGUGACAAAGGCGCACCCGGCGUUGGUGUGCGCUGUCUUGCACUCCGAAGUGGUGGUGACCCUGAUGGUCCAGUACUACAUGCUACGGGAGGCCGUCACGCCCUUUGACAUCACGGGGGCCAGCGUCAUCGUGAUCAGCAUCGUCAUCAUCACCGCCCAGAACAUCAGCUGCCAUCCGGCCGACGAAGAGGAGGGACACAUCGUACAGCAGAGCGGGACCAAGUACGCCAAGGAGAAGGCGGGUCAAAGCGGGCACUAACCGCCACAUACGGCACAGAGGGACCGAGUAGAUUAAAGAGGCAGUUGGUCAAAGCGGGCACCAACCGGCAGAUUGUACAGGACAGAGGGAUUGAGUAGAUUCAGGAGGCGGUGGAUCAAAGCAGGCACCAACUAUACAGCAGAAGGAUCCAGUAGAUUAAAGAGGCAGUUGGUCAAAAUGGGCAGCAACCGGCAGAUUGUACAUCAGAGGGGGAUCCUGUAGAUUAAACAGGCAGUUGGUCAAAGCAGGCACCAACCAAGAUGAGGCAGCUAGAAAGAAGAGCGACAAAGGCCCUGCGGCAGCCGAGAGGUCCCGUCCCACAAAACAGUGCGCAACUUGUGGUGCCGGAGAGCCGUACCUGAAUUUUCCGAGCAAAACCUUGGCGGUCGGUGAAAAGACUAGAGAUCGCUAACAAGCCAACAGAUCCACAAAAGAAUCAGGACAUUAUUGGUUUCCAAAAAUCGUGGCUGCGCCACGAAGCCACCGUCUGCCAAAGCGUCCCCUGGCGAGCAGCGACCUCAGGCCAGGCUGCGGGAUAUCUGGACUGCACUGGUUCCUCCGAGACCCGCUGACCUUUGGGGUGGAAAAGAGCAUUGAUGUUUUUGGUCCAUGCCGAGAAGCCAGGAGCGAGACCCCCACCCCAGAUUAGCAUUUGUGUUGCUGCUUUGCAUUUGCAAUGGGUAUGUUAAGGAAGGGGAUGUACGGGGGGCUUAAUGGAGGGUUUUUUUCCCCCCUCGGUCUCCCAUCUGGUUCGUUGAUUUGGGGUUUCGGCCUCAGAUCCCGCCUCUGGGCCAGUUGGCCACUUUUAAGACGGGUGGACUUUAACUCCCAGAAUUCCACACUGGCUGGGGGAAUUCGGGGGAAUUGAAGUGGCCAAGAUUUGAGACAUUAAGCCAGACGGAUGCAGGAAUGAACAGGAAUCCUGUACGUUGAGCUUCUCCCCCUCCCCAAAAUCCAAAGUCAAUUAAAGUUGAGA